GCCCCGAGAGGUACCGGUGUGUAAGUGGUUAUGUGUAAGCGGAUCCGGAACAAGAGGCCUUUGGUCAUGUGUAUAAGUCUUCUGCAUGCCCAACAUCAAUUCCACCACCCACACGCAACGAAUAACAUAAUCCGGUCCCAAUCAUAAACCCCUCUCGUGAACAAUCCAACUCGAACAACAUGACGGUACCCAACUCCUAUUUUGUUCCAGGCUUUGGUAUCUCAAGAGCCGUCAUCCAGAACGAGAUCCGAUACCAUUGCGGCCCGGAUGCGAUAGUGCGUCCCUACACUUUCCAGGGACGUGACGGCUUUUUGAUCACGACAAUUGGGCCUCCACUAACUAAGGCUCAGAUCGAGGAUCUGAAGAUGUCUUCUCUCGAAUACGAAGAGAAGCAAUCUCGUAUUGCUGACGAGACUAAUGUCUUCGUAAACGCACCCAUCCCAAUCACCCAACGAAUACGACGAAGCACCUGAUACGGUGCAAGUGCCAGCCGUGACUUUGACACUACGACCGGGUCCUCGAAAAGCUUCUGUCUUAUACCCCGUACCUUGGCAGAUGUAUCAUGUUCUCUUUGCCGGAGUAUGGAUUUAGCGCGCAUAUUGCCUCUGGGUUGGCUCUCUGAUGAUCUUAUUAUAUGCGUUUUAGUUCCUCUGAUGACCUGGGAUUUGGAGUUUGGUUUUCCAAAGAGUUGAUCUUUUCCGAUGAAUAUUUAUCUGCCUGGACAAGCUGAGAAAGUUGUAAUCUUAUCGUCAGUUGAAAGUAUUUGUUCAUUUGCCGAAAGUCUGAUCAUUUCAAGGACGUAUGUGCCUCCGUAAAUGGCCGUGACUUGAGUCCAAUCGCGUAUGUUGCUUUUUUAUCUCUGGCAUCUACAACGCGCGGUC